CGCCGUCGACAAAAUCGUUCAGCCUCGUUGUUUGUUCGUCGCUUCCAGCUGGUAGCGUUUCGCCCUGUCUCAUUCGUAAACAACAUAGAUUCCAGGCAUUUUUGCAUUACACUCGUUCGUAAACAACACAGUCUCUAUUUUACUCCUUUUUACGUUUAUUUUUUAUCGGGCAUUAUGUUUUGCUUCUUAUUUGUUUCGUUCGGGACGUGUUUUGUUUCAGUUGCAGCUAAAUCCAAGUAGAUCUGUGACUCAAGCACCACUGACUGCACUUCAUUUGCAUUUAAUGUCGAUAAGCAUUUCCAUUCACUGUGCCUUCUUGUGAUACGAUCUGUGCUCUGCUCACUUCGUCGUAUACUUACCUGACCGACACAACAACAAAUGUAAAACUACUCCCUCAACUAAGAUGCCUUUAUCGAAAUGCUUUCCUUGUCUGCAGUUCAAGAACGAGGAAGUUGUUAGCAAACUCGACUACAGUAAUACAGUACUCACCGAUGUGUUCCCACUGGUUUGGCAGCAUGAGAGAACUUUGGAAGAACUUUACUUGACAUCGACCCGAAUUAAUAAUCUACCACCACAGCUCUUCUACUGCCAGGGUCUGAAGAUUCUCCAUGCCAACAAUAACAAUCUCGAGACAAUUCCGGAAGCGGUGGGCACGUUGCGUCAGUUGCAGCAGCUGAAUUUGAAUCGCAACUAUAUUUCCAAUGUACCCGACAGUAUUAAGUCUUGUAAGAAUCUAACGCACCUGGAUCUUAGCUGCAAUACCCUGCAACGGCUGCCGGAUGCCAUUACAUCACUUAUAUCGCUGCAGGAGUUGUUGCUGAAUGAAACCUACAUGGAGUUUCUCCCGGCGAAUUUUGGGCGGUUGGUUAAUCUGCGCAUUGUUGAACUGCGUCUCAAUAACCUGGUAUCUCUGCCAAAGUCGAUGCAGCGUCUAACAAAUUUGCAACGCCUGGACAUAGGAGGUAACGAAUUUACAAAAAUGCCUGAUGUUGUCUUUGAACUGAAGCAACUGCGCGAAUUCUGGUUCGAUUUCAACCAAAUACGCGAAAUUCCACCAAUGGCUGGUAAGUUACGCGAACUACAGCAUUUCGAGGCUAAUGGAAACUUUAUUAGUUCGCUGCCAAACGAAAUAAGUAACUGGCACAACUUGGAGGUGAUCUCGAUCUCUACAAAUGACUUAACCACAUUCCCCUUUAGCAUAGGCAUGCUAAAAUCUCUGGUUACAUUCAAGUGCGAGUCGAAUGAACUCACAGAACUGCCCGAUAGCAUUUCAAACUUAGAGAAUCUGGAAGAGCUUGUGAUAAGCCAUAACAAGGUGAAACGUUUGCCUACCACUAUAGGCCUGCUACGAAAACUGAGAUAUCUGUUUGCCGACGACAAUGACCUACGUCAACUGCCCGAUGAAAUCUGUUCUUGCAGCAACCUCAGCGUUCUGAGUGUAAGUCGAAACAAAAUCGCCGAAUUGCCCAGCAAUAUUGGACACCUCCGUCAGCUCAAAGUUCUGAACAUUGUCCAAAAUCAUAUAGCCACAUUACCUGUGUCGGUAUUUAGUUUAGUUAAUUUGACAUCUCUGUGGAUAAGCAAUAACCAGGCUCAGCCAUUGGUGCCACUGCAAUAUGUCGACGCCACAAAGAAAACACAUUUAACAUGCUUCAUGUUGCCUCAACUGGGCUCUAAGCAAAAUACAGGCAGCAAAGAGAAUGAAUCUGAUGAUCAGGUAUACAAUAGCAUAAGACGCCAACCACACAGUGCUGCGGCGGUUCCAAAUAACUGUGUAAGUCCGACGCGCCGCAUUUGCUUCGCCGAGGAAACCACAAUACUCAAUACCAAUAAAAAUUCACCUACAACAGGGACAACCACUGGAAAGACUAGCGAACCUGAUGAUAUAGUAACUAUGCCCCUGCCACAACAACCAACACCACCAACUACGACAGCUUCUUCAACGUCUUACGUUAUGCCCUCCAAUGCCUAUGGUGGUACAAGCCAGAUACGAGAUAAUGUUCAUUUUGUACCUGCAGCACAAGCUAAAGACUUCCUUAUGCGUUCUCCAACACCGUAUCCAAAAGAACUACGGCUUAUGGCAAAAUAUUUACGUCGAAAUCAGCAUAAGCCAUACGAAGAACAGCCGGGAGAUAAUGUAAAUGAAGCCGUAAAUAGUGCCGCAGGUAGUACUGGCCAACAGGAAUUUGUUCAAUUCAUUCCUAGUAGUCAGUCGACGGCAACGUAUGUAACAAAUUAUGCUUUGCAUCAUACUCCCAGGGAGGGUGGGGACCAUAUUAUUCUACAAACGCAUCCUUCAUCAGUUCAAUGGCAGCAACAACAACAGUUCCAGCAAAUUAAUGAAAACGCGCCAAUACCGUCGCCAGGCAUGACAAUCAUGCCAAAUGGAAGCGUUUACUAUGAACAGAAUAGCCCAACAACGGCCUAUCAGCAAUAUCAUCAGCCACCAUUACAGGAAUACUACUACCAACCACAGGAACAACAAACUACAUUGUCGCCAUCGCACCAACAAGAACCAAUAUACUUCCAUUCCAAUAUUAUUACCCAUCAAAUGGGACAGCUGGCAAUAGGAGCAUCAAAUGGCAAUUUGCCUGAUCCACCUCCUUAUCACAUUGCCAGAAGUUUCACCAAAAAGACCCCCGAAGACUUGACAAAUUAUGAGGUUAUACGACAAAAACAACAGCAGUUGCAACAAAAUCACCCCAUGGAAAGCAUUGAAGAACAUUCUCACGAAGUCUACCAAAUGAUACAACCGUUGACGAACGUUGCGGACUAUCAGAACAAUUUUAAAACUUCACACAUAACAAAACAAGAUGAUGUCGGUGUCUCAGUAUCGUUCGAUCAAAACCAAUCCGUGGACAAUAGCAAAGAUGUAACUAAAACCGCAUUUACCGACAAUACUGUUACAAAGGAAAACAACAAUCCUACAGACAAUUCGCGCACAGCAUCGCCCCUCUUGAACGCAACUCCAAAUUCAACUAGACCCAAUAGUAAAAGCAAAACCCCCUGGCUAUUUGGAGUACAUAAAAAUCCCACUGUCAAACAAAUCUCAUUGAAAUGGGAACAUGAGCGUGGAUUCCAAAUAGACUCCUUGCCCAACAAAGAAGGCAUCUAUGUUGUCUCGACCACCCCAGAUACGGAUGCGUCGCGAUUGCUGUGUCUCUACGACAAGCUAUUAGAUGUAGAUGGAUGUGAUUUUACAACUAUUAGUGUAAACGAAGCCCGCCAAGUAUUAGAUAACACUGGAAAUGUAGUCAACAUUAUGCUUUCACGUAGAUAAACUCAUAGUCACUGAAAAGCACAUCCCCUCUACUUUGGCGAACGAUCCCAGUGCGAAGAGAGGAGUUUGAACCGAAGUCCUACAAAACGUAGUCGACGUCGGUACGGUAUUGCAAUAAAGGGAUUGCCUAGAAAUAUGGGCAUACCUUCCCAUUUUAGAAUCAUGUGCAAAAAUAAGUCUGAAACACUUAGUGUUACACCAACAAAAUUACAAACAAAACAUUGGAUUACAGAAAUACAAAAUAAUAAUAAUUUGUAACCUAUUGAAUUAUAAAUAACUCUUAUGACCAAAUUCAUAGAAGACACUUUUUUCUUACCGACAUCAUUUUCCAACUUGGAAAUACAACCCAUUGCAGGAAAAUGUUUUUCUUGGUUGAAUCAAAAAAUAGAAACCACUUUUGCCUGUUUAAAUAAGAAUAAGAUGCCAUUUUUGCAAAAACAAAAAGAUAGAAAUACACACAUACUUACACAAUAAAUGAAUUUUGUUAAAAACAAAAA